AUGGCUCUGUCAGUACGUGCCAAGAACUUUAUCCUGGGCGGCGGCCUCGCUACCUUCGCUUCCGCCAUCUUCGGCUACACGUUCCAUCAGAUGGGCCAGGACGACUUUAAGGACCUGGACACCGUCAAGGUGAACGUGCACCAGAGCGGCAUCAAACCGUCAGCUGUCGGCAAGCACGACGAGUAG